AUGCACCGUUUACGAACUUGUUUUAGAUCAAUUGGACAGCUCCACCGAAUCUCGCCUCACCUCACAGCCUCAUUUCUCCCCGCAUCCCCCUUUGCGUUUACAGUCCAACCAAACUCCAUCCGAACAAUGGCCUCCGCAAUGGCAAAGCGCCUCGAAGGCAAGACAAUUGUCAUCACUGGUGCCUCUUCCGGUAUCGGAAAGAGUACUGCUCAGGAAUUCGCUCGCUCGUCACCCAAGAACCUUAAGCUCAUUUUGACGGCUCGGCGCAUCGACUCGCUGAAGGAGGUUGCCGCGGAGAUUCAGAAGGAGGUUGGCGAUGGCGUCAAAGUUCUUCCUGUUAAGCUUGAUGUCAGCAACCCGGAGGAGAUCAACAACUUUGUUCCCUCCUUGCCAGAGGAGUUCAAAGAGAUUGACGUUCUUGUCAACAAUGCUGGUCUUGUCAAGGGUGUUGCCCAGGCAGGUGAUAUCGUCGCCGAGGAUCUAAAGGUCAUGUUCGACACUAACGUCACCGGCCUGAUCAACAUGACCCAGGCAGUCCUGCCCAUCUUCAAGAAGCGCGACGAGGGAGGUCGCGGUGAUAUUAUUAACAUCGGCAGCAUUGCUGGCCGUGAGCCCUACUCCGGUGGUAGCAUCUACUGUGCAACCAAGGCAGCUGUUCGCUCUUUCACUGAUGCGAUGAGAAAAGAGCUCAUUGCCACAAGAAUUCGUGUCAUUGAGAUUGAUCCUGGUCAGGUUGAGACCGAGUUUUCCGUUGUCCGAUUCUAUGGAGACAAGUCCAAGGCCGAUGCAGUUUACAAGGGAGUUGAGCCAUUGACAGGUGACGAUAUUGCCGAGGUCGUUGUAUUUGCUGCCAGUCGUCGCGAGAACGUCGUCAUUGCCGAUACCCUAGUCUUCCCUAGCCACCAGGCUGCCGCUGGUGUCAUGCACCGCAAGUCAUGA